ACUCUGAACUUCUUCCCCAGACGGAAAAAAAUAAAAUCUCGUCUUCUUUUUAACACCAUCUGCUUAUUGCUAAUUGAGCGACAUUUCAUAAUAUCGACUGAGUUGACUGUAUACAUCAUCAUGGCUACCAAAGACGAAGCUAGUGCUGUCCCCGCGUCAAGCAAGAGUUCCUGGUCUAGCUUCUUGAAGUCCAUUGCAUCCUUCAACGGCGAUCUGUCCUCUCUCACUGCGCCGCCAUUUAUUCUUUCGACCACCUCUCUAACCGAAUACUCUGCGUACUGGUGCGAACAUCCCGCGCUUUUCGUCGCCCCCGCGCGAGAAGCAAACCCUGCGAAGAGAGCCCUGUUGGUCUUAAAAUGGUUCCUGAGCACAUUGCAUCAGCAGUAUUGCUCGCGAAGUGAGAAGUUGGGCAGCGAGAAGAAGCCGCUCAACCCCUUUCUCGGCGAGCUAUUUCUGGGCAAGUGGAUCGAAGAUGAGGAGGUGGGUGAGACACGUUUGAUUAGUGAGCAAGUCAGUCAUCAUCCUCCGGCGACGGCAUACUCUAUCGUGAAUGAAAAGCAUGGAAUUGAGCUUCAAGGAUACAAUGCCCAAAAAGCCUCCUUCUCCAGCACUAUUUAUGUCAAACAAUUAGGCCAUGCAUACCUCUCAUUGACUCCUCCCGGAAAAGAUGUAAACAACGAAGCCGAUCGAGAGUACUACCUCAUAACCCUACCCAGUCUUCACAUCGAAUCUCUCAUCUACGGAACGCCCUACGUCGAGCUUGAAAAAACCACCAAGAUCGCCAGCUCGACCGGCUAUAUUUCCAAGAUUGACUUUUCGGGUAAAGGCUGGCUGAGUGGUAAGAAGAACACCUUCUCGGCAGUGCUAUAUAAAGAAAGCGAUGGAGAGAAGAACCCUCUAUAUACCGCCGACGGACAAUGGUCGAGUAACUUCACAAUUCGAGAUGUCCGUGCCAAAAAGGACAUUGAAACUUUUACUAUCACCAGCAUGAAGACCACCCCCUUGACCGUCGCCCCUCUCGAAGAACAAGAUAUAUGGGAAACCCGCCGAGCAUGGCGCGAUGUCGCCCAAGCCAUCGAACGCGGCGACAUGGAAGCCACAUCAGCCGCCAAGACCAAAAUCGAAGUUGCCCAGCGCGAACUCCGCAAAAAGGAGAAAGAAGAAGGCGAAGAAUGGGAACGACGGUUUUUCAAACGUGUUAAUGAAAACGAUGAUCAAAUUUUUAUGCGACUGGCUACAAUGCUUGAUUUGACUCAGGGUAAUGGUGCCGGUAUUGAGAGUGAUCGAACUGGUGGAGUUUGGAGAUUUGAUCCUUCUCGUGCUGUGGAUGCGAGUCCGCCUUAUCACAAGAUUGGCGGCGAGGGGUUGGGGCUGUAAUUGUAUGAUCAGUUUGAAGUUGAAUAUUCAGCAGGGGCAUGUUUUGUUUUUUUAUUCCUUGCUUACCUACAUGUCUACAAGCGACUUUCUUUUGGAUGUAAUGUAACUUUAGGUAAUAACUCAAUGCGAGACUGUUUCCAUGCAAGAAAACUAGAAAGUAGAUUUGAUAACAAGAACAACCACCAGCCAUUGCCAUUGCCUUUGCCUUUGCCGUUUCCAUUUCCAUUUCCUUUAUUUCGUGACCUCCAUCCAUGAUUGGUACUAACUGAGAGAAGAGAGAUGUGGUAUACCUGUAAAGCAUAACUAGAUCAUUCGUGUUGUGAUACAUGUUGAAAGUGAAAUAAAAAGACCCGGAUGAGCUUUUCCAUAAAAAGAAGAGAGGAGAAAAAUUCAGGAAAUAACAGAAAUCCCAUUUUGGCUCCUUUUUUCUUCGUCCUAAUGCUUCAUUCAAUCGAGAGGAGAGAAAAAGAAAAGCAUAUUUGAAACAGCGUAGCAGCAAAGAGAGCACUUCCCAUCGCUGAUAAUUUUCCCAUUUGAAAAAAAAAAAAAAAUCCCGAGUCCACCAUCCAGAGAUACAAUUGUAAAGAAAGAAAAAAGUGAUAAGAUAAAAUAAGAUAAAAAGAAACACUCAAAUCGAAGAAUUGAACGCCAUUAGAGUCAAUCCCUUGUUUUUAAGCUAGCUCGAUCAAUGUCCAUAAUUGCCUCCCCAACCGCCGCCACGUCCCGAAUUCCCAUAGUAGUUACCAAAGCCUGCUGCGCCGCCGUAGUUACCGUAUGCACUUCCUUGAUGAUGGUUCUGGCUAACAUUGGCCUGGUGACUUCCCAAGCCGCCGAGACCGCCGCUAUACUGAGGGUUCAAGUGAGGAUAGCCGCCAAAACCCUGCUGGCCCUGUUGUCCUUGGAGAGGAGGUAGGCCAGUCUGUGACUGUGACUGUCCAGGAAUGCUGCUAGUUGCCGAACCAGGUCGGUUAGCCUGAGCCAGAGAAGGGCUUGGCCCACCAGUCUUGGAGGUUUCGUACCCCUUGGUUGUCUCCUCGCUGGUUACUGGUUGUUGCUGGGAGAUGGGCU